AUGACUCAGACAGCAAUAGGGAAAAUAUGCACAAUGUUGUGGAAGCCGAAUAUAUUUGAGGUUGCUAUUGAACAUUUCUCAGAUAUUUUCACUGAGGAAGAUACCCAAGAUCAUGAUAACAUUUUCCGAUAUGUGGAGGCCACUAUCACCGCAGAAGACAACAUGAAGAUUCGAAACAUCCCUACAGAAGAAGAAAUAAGAGACGUUAUCUUCUCAGUUAAUCUAGAUAGUGCGGCAGGUCCUGAUGGCUAUAAUGGCCUCUUCUUCCAAAAUGCUUGGGAGAUCAUAAAGUUAGAUGUCUGCAAUUAUGUCCACUCUUUUUUCAAUGGGGCAGAGUUGAUCAAGGCCCCAUCAGAUUUCUCUCAAUUUAGACGUAUUAGUUUGGCCAAUGUUACCAACAAGAUCAUAUCCAAAAUAUUGGCCAAAAGAAUUGCUGAACUUCUACCGAGGAUCAUCUCAGAGAAUCAAGCAGGUUUUGUUAAAGGUAGACUCAUUACAGAAAAUGUUGUUCUGGCUCAAGCUCACGGUAUUAAACAUCAUGAUGAUUCAGGAAAUCUUGUCAUAAAGCUCGAUAUGUCCAAAGCUUAUGAUAGAUUGUCCUGGUCUUUCCUAAUGGAUGCUAUGAGAAAAUUUGAAUUUUCUGACAAGGUGAUUGAUAUCAUUUUCAAUAUCAUCUCUAACAACUGGUAA